AUGGCCGCGGACAACGAGGAACACGAGGGCGCCUCCGUCAAGGAGAUCCUCAUCGAAGCCUGCCGGCGCAACAACACCGAACUCUUCAACGAGGUCGUCGCCGACAUCAAGGACGAGGACGAGCUCUCCCGCCUCCUGAACGAGACCACCACCGUCAUGGGCAACCACCUCUACCACGAAGCCGCCUCACGGGGUAACUACGAAAUAAUCGACCUCCUCCUAGACCAACCAAACUUCGAAUGCGACCCCGUCAACCGCCUUGAGGGCGACACGCCCCUGCACACCGCCAUCCGCUGGAUCAACUCGGAACCCCCGCCCAGCGCGAGUUCGGCAACGCCCUCAUUGAUAUGA